AUGUCUUUCCUAUUUUCUCUGUCCAUUCUCCUUUCUAGCAUAACGACAUCCCUCGCGCUGACCACAAAGCAACGCCAUGUGUGCCAAACCCCAACUCCCGAACCUUUAACUGGGUGUCCACCUCAAACUCUUCUUAUUUUUUUAACAAUCCAAUCAGCAAUCCUCUCCCUUCCCCACGACAACUCCUCCCAACUCAUCCUCAUCACCACAGGAACCUACACCGAACAGCUUAACAUCACACGUCCUGGCCCACUAACCCUCCUAGGACAAACCUCCUCCCCAAGCACCCUCUCUAAUACCGUCCAAAUCCUCUGGCACCAAGCCACCGGCACUUCCACCACAGGAACCCUUGACAACGCCUACACUAGCGUCCUCACCAUCGCCCCAACCCUAAACGCUUCACUUACAGGCGCUGGUCCAACCGGAAACUCCGUCCCCGCUGAUACCCCCUUUGGCAGCUCAAACUUCCGCGCCUACAAUUUGAAUUUCACGAAUGAUUAUUUGCCGUACUCCGCAGGCCCAUCUCUCGCGGUCUCGACGAGUUACGCAAACACGGGUUUUUAUUACUGCGGGUUUCAAUCUUACCAGGAUACUAUCUACAUCGGCAAGCUUGGGAAUAGCUAUAUGUCGCACUGCUCCAUCGCGGGGCAAACAGACUUCCUGUACGGGUUCGGCACGCUCUGGAUUCAAGCCUCGACGUUACUGCUGCGUGGAUGUGGCGGUGGGAUUACAGCGUGGAAGGGCACAAACACUACCUUCCCCAACAAAUACGGCGUGUACAUUCGCGACUCUGCUGUGCAGAAGGAAAAUUCCAGUCUCGAAAUCUCCAGUAAAUGUGCAUUGGGCCGGCCGUGGAAUUCUCUCCACCGGUCGAUAUUUUCGAAGUGUUGGCUUGAUGAUUCGAUUAGGCCAAGUGGGUAUACUGCGUGGUUGGCGACGGAUCCGAGGGUCACGAGUCAGACGUUGAUGGCAGAGUAUGAGGAUGUUGGACCAGGGUGGAAUGAGACGGGGAGGAGAGAGGGGGGUGUCACGAAGGUGCUGGAUAGGGAGAAGUUUGAGGAGUAUGGGAGUCCGGAGAAGGUGUUUCAGUUUUUUAGGAGUGGGAAGAUAGGGAAUGUGGGCUGGAUUGAUUGGGAUGGAUGACGGUCGUUGUUAUGGAGGAGGGGAAUAAAGGAGGGCGAUUAAAA